AUGGCGGUUCUCUUUCUCUUAGCAGCUUUGCUGCAAGAGCCAGUUUCAAGCACCUUGUAUGGAUCCAGGUUUUUGACAGGUGAGGUUGGAGGAUCGGUCACCCAUCAGUGCUUCUACUCCAUCAUACCAGCCAACAAAUACGACCGAAAAUACUGGUGCAGAAUAGCAGGAAACGGAGUUUGCUACACCGUCAUUUCUACAACCGGCUACAUCUCAAAAGCCCAUGCGGGGCGAGUGUCUCUCGAGGACAUCCCCCAGAAAGGCACCUUCACGGUGACAAUGACAGAGCUGAAGAAGAGCGACACGGGGACCUACCGAUGCGGCAUCGGCACCACCAACAGAGACCUGUACGUCAGCCUGAACCUGACGAUUUUGGCAGAUGCUGGUGCGUUGGGGUCGACCGAGCUCGUCCAGGGAGAGCUCCGCGGCUCUGUCACGGUCCUGUGCCCACCUGGGGACACCCAAGGCAGCAAGAAGAGGUUCUGGUGCAAACUGGGGAGAACCGGCUGCACUCUCAUAGCCGACACCGAUGGCUACGUGGGAAAGAGUUACCAAGGACGAAUCUUUAUCACCGCUCAGGAGAGCUCUGGAGCUUUCAAAAUCUUGAUAAAUGACUUAAAAAAGGAAGACUCGGGGCUGUACAGGUGCGGGACGGGAAGGCUCAGCGGUCAGGACAGCCCGCGGAUGGUGGCUCUGCAGGUGACCACAGCCUCCACCCUUCCCAAGAGACCAAAAUUUCUCAGCGGCACAGUCGGAGGCUCGCUGUCCGUGAAGUGCCACUAUGAUCCCAAAGGGAACUACGAGAAGAAGUACUUGUGCAGGUGGAAGGAAGCCAGCUGCUCACUGCUUGUGGAUGUGGAUGGGUUUGUGCACGAGUCCUACAAAGGGCGAAUACAAAUAGCCAGCAGCAACCAGGAAAAUGGGACUUACACCGUGGUGAUGAGCCACCUGAGAGAGGAGGAUGCAGGAUGGUACUGGUGCGGGGCUAAAAACGGGCACACAGAGCACACGUCCUCCGUGAAGCUGCGCAUCCAGAAGGAUGGAUAUUCAAGCCUCCAAAUAAUUUUCUCCACAGAAGCCUGCUCUUCACAACACCCAGAAACAUCCAGUUUUGUGAAACCCACUUUAUCAAGUCUGUCCGUCUACAGCACGCCCACACAGAGGAGCAUCACGAGCCUGGCAUAUGCAAUGGGCACUGUGACCGAGAGCACCAGCACCCUGCUGCCCACUACCCCCCCCAGCACCUCUGUAACCUCCCCAGGCAAAAUCUAUCACGAGAGCUCAUCAGGUGAAUCACGCCUGCUCCCAGUUGUGUUACCAGCUCUCAUUUUACUGAUUUUCAUCACUAUCACUAUUCUCGCCCUGACCAAAAUAAAGCUUCAAAAGGAGACGGGAGAAGAAAGAAGCGCCAUAGGAAACCUGGCAGCAACGCCAAUUCAGGCUGGUCUGAACCCUGUAAAAGAGCAAACGAUGGAGCAAACCCCGAGUCCAGAAAAAGUGCACGAAUGCAGGACAGACUCCAGCCGAUGUAGGAUAAUCUGUGAUAUCCUUGGAAGAUUCAGGAUGACCAACUCAUGUCAACCCUAUGGGGAAAAACAUACCUUUCAAGGUGACUGAUGAAGACUUGAGGCAGAACCCCCUUCCGUCAAAGCCCCUGUGUACGUGAGCUUGGAAGUUUCCCUAUGGAAAGCCGAGGCACGGCUAUAAACUGCAAAGCGCCCAGCACCGCUUGUUGCUCACUGCCCUGCUCAGAAGCUGAACGUCCCGAGUUGAGAGCCAAAUCCCCGCCGGCUGCCCAAAUGCCACUUGCUACGUGGUCUGUAGAA